UCCCUAACCUUGCAUGAGAAAACGUCAUUUGCCAUUAAAGAGCCGCUCUCGUUUGCGCUUCGAGUGAGUCAUAAUUUGUACACGAUACAUGCCGCAGAAUGUUGUUGUCGUCGUCGUAACGAUGCAACAUUGAGUGACACUUGGACGGCUUGGACGUUGUGAGGAUUGUUACCGACACAGUGUUUUUCGACUUUCUUAACAUGAGCGCGACAAAGUGAUAAUCUUGCGAAGAAUACGCGAUGCCAUAAAAAUGUCUCUUCUCACCGAUUGAUACAAUAUUUUCAUUUUUGUUUUCUGCGUGGAGAAAAAGCGAAUUGAGCAAUAUAUCUGAAAGCACUCGGCGAAGUGCAUCUACUUUAAAUGAUGAUGGAGUUGAGUCAUAGCCUGACCCUCAAUGAGGAUGCGCUCAAUCAAAUUCCAGAAGCUAAACGACCGGUCUUUAUUUUUGAAUGGUUACGUUUUCUGGACAAGGUUCUGGUUGCUGCACAAAAGAGUGAUAUUAAAGGGUGCCAGCAAAAAUUGGUCGAGCAAUUGACCAGGCAUAUGCAAGGUGCUCCUGGUCCACCUACACGGCGUCUUAUAGCAAGAUGCCUUGCUACUUUAUUCAGUGUUGGCGACACAUUCUUGCUCUUUGAUACUGUUAACAAGUGCAAUGACAUCUUGAGAAAUAAAGACGAUUCACCUAGCUUUCUGCCAACGAAACUAGCUGCUAUCUGCUGCAUGGGAUGUAUGUAUGAAAAACUGGGGAGAAUGAUGGGCAGAUCGUACGAGGAGACCGUGCAGAUAUUAAUCAAGUCUCUAAGAUCUGCAGAAUCACAAAUGCGAAUAGAAAUCAUGCACACAUUAGAGAAGGUGUGUGCCGGAAUGGGAUCAGCAAUAACAAACGUUCACAAGGAGAUAUACAAAGUUUCCAGACAUUACCUGACUGACAGAGUGAUGGCAGUGAGAUGCGCCGCUGCUAAGUGCUUGUUGGAAAUGUUAAAUCAUGCUCCGUUUUUAUAUACGACCGAAAUCGAGAGUGUUGCGACAUUGUGCUUUCGAGCAUUUGAGGGUUCCAAUUACGAGGUCAGAUGUGCCGUUGCCAAACUAUUGGGCACCUUGGUGGCAAUGACUCAGCUGCCUUCGCCCAAAAUAAAAAAUCUUACCGUCGCGCACAACAAAGGCGUCAAACAGACGUCGCUCGAAGAGGUGUUGAACAUUUUGAUGUCCGGAUUUUUGAGAGGCUGCGUCGGCUUUCUCAAAGGUACAGGGGAGAUAAUAAAGGGAAGCUCUAGCGUAAAUAGAGAAGUACGAGUUGGAGUGACUCACGCUUACGUGGUGUUCGUACAAAUGUUGGGCGGCACGUGGCUAGAGCGCAACGUGGGCACGCUGAUCGCUCACGUUUUAGAUCUGGUCACAAAUCCGAAAGCCGCGAAUUCACAUGUCGAGGCGGUGUAUUCCCGCAAAUGCGUGAAUUUUAUAUUACGCGGAACCGUUGGAAAACUGUUGGGAGAAGGCGCUCAGGCUGCCGCUUGCAAGGAGAUAGCGCACAUAAUUUUAAAACAGAUGAAUUCUAUCGAUUUCAGUCCGGAAAACGCCAAAGAUUGCAAUCAAGAAACCUUGUUCAGCCAGCACUUGUUAGUAUGUGCCUUACAAGAAAUGGGUAACUUAAUAUUAGGAUUAGGUACCACAGCCACGAAUUUGUUGUCAGAUCAAUCUUUGAGCCUGAUCGAUACCAUAAUGGCUGUUCUGAUACAUCCGUGUCAAGCGGCUAGAUUAGCAGCUUCCUGGUGCUUACGUUGCAUAUGCGUGGCGGUACCGAGUCAGAUAACACCUUUGAUCGAUCGCUGCGUCGACGGGAUUGAGAACAUGCGUAGCUCGCCGGAGGCUAUAGCCGGCUACAGCAGCGCUCUCGCUGCGGUACUUGGUAGCGUUCGCUUGUCACCUUUGGGUGUUCCACACACUAAAGGAAAGAUCAUUUUCAAUACAGCCGAGGAACUUCUAAGAAGCGCAAGUCAGAACAGCCGUUUGUCCUUGAAUCGUACGCACGCGGGAUGGCUCUUAAUAGGAGCAAUAAUGACUUUAGGCACAGCGGUGGUGAAGGGUUUGUUGCCAAGAAUGUUGCUGCUCUGGAGAAAUUCGUUUCCGCGCUCGAACAAGGAACUCGAAAGCGAGAAAGCGCGCGGUGACGCUUUCACGUGGCAAGUGACUCUUGAGGGACGUGCCGGCGCGCUGUCCGCCAUGUACAGCUUUCUGCUGCACUGUCCGGAGCUUUUGAACGACGAUAUCACUCGACGAUUACUCACACCCGUCGAGUCUGCUCUGGCAAUGCUGACGAACUUAUCGCCAGUUUUGAAAAAUUACGGGCAACAACUGAAAGCUCCCGCCGCCAUGGUUCGUUUGCGUUUGUACGAAACUUUACUGCUGCUACCGCCGCAAACGUUCGAAGGUUCUUACACGCAUCUUCUGAGGAUGCUGGUGUCCGAGUUCACACUUACAGACAAUCCUGGAAACACAACUACUUCCUUGUUACGUGUAGUUUGUCACGCUAACGAUUCUGUAAUUCUCGGCACGUGGUUGCAAGAGACCGACCAUCGUACGAUAGAAGAUCAAAUGGAACCAAACAGAAGGGCAGAUUUGGAACAUCUUCAACCAAACAGCGCUGCGGGAUCUGGAGCAUUGGAACAUAACACGUGCUGUCUUUAUAGACCGGUACCGCAUAUUGAAAUGAUUCCCGGACCAUUGCCAUUGGGCGUGGCAGUAAUCGAUCUGUCGGUUACGUUAUUCGGACAGAUAUUCCCGCGCGUAGCGAACAAGCACAAGCUACAGAUGCUGGACCACUUUAGCGAGUGCAUAAAGCACACCAAGUCUGGCAGACAGGAGGCGAUACAGAUGAACGUGUUCACGGCUGUGUUGAGCGGUCUUAAGGGUCUCAAUGAGGCAAAAACAGGCUUUGGUCAGGAUGAUGUCAAGAAGUCCGCCACUAAUCUUAUUAUUAGUACAUUGGUCAGCGGAAAUCCUAUUUUGCGAUGGGCGGCGGGGGAAGCGGUCGGAAGAAUGGCUCAGGUGAUCUCCGAUCCCAAGUUUACCGCGGAAUUGGCGCAGACCAGUUUUGAUCGAUUAAAAUCGGCUCGCGACGUCGCCAGUAGAACCGGGCACUCGUUGGCAUUGGGCUGCCUCCAUAAGUACGUGGGUGGGAUGGGCUCCAGUCAACAUCUCAAUACCAGUGUCAGCAUUUUACUCGCACUCGCACAAGAUAACUCGUCUCCCGUAGUACAAGUUUGGGCGUUGCACGCUCUGGCUCUGAUAGCCGAUUCCGGUGGGCCGAUGUUCAGAGGUUACGUGGAGCCCACGCUGUCAUUAGCUCUGACUCUUCUUCUCAAUGUUCCUCAUUCCUACAUCGACGUGCAUCAAUGCAUCGGAAAGCUUUUAUCGGCGCUUAUCACAACAAUAGGACCAGAGUUGCAAGGCAACACAUCUACAAUUUGCAUGGCGCGAUCGUCAUUUUUGUGCGCGUGCGCCAUUAUGCAGGAUCAUCAAGAUCCGCUCGUUCAAGCGGAAGCGACUGGCUGUCUUCAACAACUGCAUCUCUUUGCUCCCAGACACGUCAAUUUGUCUUCCCUCGUUCCCACUUUAUGCCGUACUCUUUCAAGCAAUCACUUGCUCUUGCGAAAAGCUGCGAUAUCGUGCCUGCGGCAGCUCGCUCAGCGCGAAGCAAAAGAAGUAUGCGAACACGCGAUGACGCUGGCUAAUGAAAGCAGAGACACCAAUGUGGUUGAAGGUCUUGUCAUCACAGAGACCGGUCUUCCAGGCGUUUUAUUCAGCAUGCUCGACACGGAAACCGACAGUAAACUGAUCAAAGACAUUCACGACACUUUGACAAGCAUGUUGCAGAUAUUAGCAGCCGACAAUCUAUCUCAGUGGUUGUCGUUGUGCAAAGAUGUUCUUACAAUAGCUUCAGAAUCGAGUGCAAUUGAGGAAAACAAUACGUCAAAUGUGGAGGACAGCGCGGCUGACAACGAGUCAGCGGAUGCUGAAAACGAUGACGAUCAAGUCGAAUUUCACGCCGACGAAUCGACGAAACAGCGACCAUCGAUCACACCAAGAUGGCCAACGAGAGUAUUUGCAGCGCAAUGCGUCAGACGUAUUGUCGCGGUUUGUAUAAGCAACAAGCAGGCACACUUUGAUCUUGCUCUGGCCAAAGAGAUGCAGCUUUCUAAAGGAAAAGGAGAUUUUCUGGUGUUACAUCUGUCGGACUUGGUGCGCAUGGCGUUUAUGGCCGCGACGAGCGAUUGUGAUCCGUUGCGACUCGAAGGUCUGAAAACGUUGCAGGAGAUUAUCGACAAAUUUGCUAAGGUGCCCGAACCGGAGUUUCCCGGUCACUUGUUGCUCGAGCAGUUCCAGGCACAGGUCGGAGCUGCUUUAAGACCAGCAUUUUCCGCCGAAACACCGUCUCACGUUACAGCCGCAGCCUGUGAAGCGUGCAGCGCGUGGAUCGGCAGCGGCGUCGCUAGGGAUCUCAACGAUUUACGAAGAGUGCAUCAGCUAUUGGUGUCAUCUUUGGAAAAAUUGCGAGAAGGCAAUACUCGACCUCAGCUUUACAACGAGAGUCUGUCGACGUUGGAAAGACUGGCGAUUCUGAAAGCGUGGGCAGAGGUAUACGUAGUCGCAAUGAUAAAGGAUGGUUCCGCGCUGAACAGCAAGGACACGAGCAAUCGAAACAUGAAAAAUGUCAACGACGAGAUGAAUAACGAGGACUUCGGGGAGUUUGCGUUCCAAAGCGAAAGUUUGUUGAGUCUCGUACAGCCUGAGCUUCUAAGUUUGAGUCAACAUUGGCUGUCUGCAUUGAGAGAUCAUGCCUUGCUUUCUCUACCACCAGAAUUUUCUAGUCAAUUGCCACACGACGGCGGGGCGUUUUACACUACGGACACUAUGGAAUCAGCGCGUCCUCACUACGUAGAAUCGUGGCCGCCGAUUUUGCACGCCGCGACGCUCUGGCUCAAUGCGAGAGGAUUCGAAAUGGAAAACAAUAAUGAAGAGAACGAGAGAACCCUUUCUAAUAAUAAUUCGAAUAACAAUAACAAUAACGACGAAACUGUUGCGACGUCCAAGAACAACACAAAUGUUGAACGUUUCCAUUUGUUAUUCGGUAUAUGCAUGGAAGCUUUGUGCAGUCCUCGCUCUUCUGAGUCGCCGCAAAAUAUAGAAACGUGUUUGAAUGCUUUAUACACACUGCUCGAUUCAGCGUGGGCACGGAAAGUCUUCGUCACGGAUCGCUCCUUACCUAUCGAGUUGUGUAAUGUUCUUCACAGAUUGCUCCUGACACGGGAAAGUUAUGUCAUCCAGAUGUUGGUGAUGGAAGUAUUGAAACAAGUAAUGAAAGCAGCGCAGGAAGAUCUCUGUAUGAAAAAGAAGUUGAAACUUGAAGAUGAAACGUCGACGAAUCACGAAAGCUAUGAAACGGAGUUAGAUCUUUUAGGCGAAGGAGAGGAAAGCGGCGAACUCGUGCCGGGCAAAUCGUUGGUCUUCGCUGUCUUGGAGGUGUGUCUGUGUCUUCUGGUACGUCAGAUACCAGCGUUGAAUCCAAAUCCUGGCGGUGCCACCGCUAUUUUGUCGCAGAAAGGGUACGUGCCGUCCGAGGAGAGCGGCAAGCUGAUUGCGUUGGCUCUCAGUAUAAUGGAAUCUCUUCCCACUUUGUGCUCUCCGCGAGGUGCAGUAGCAAUUCUUCCGACAUUGCUGUAUUUAGCGACGGGUGUGAUACGAGAAACUGCGGUGCGUAGUGAGAAUGAUAAUACCAAACCGGGAUCAGAGGCGCCGGUUCAUGCCGCGUUACAUUGCGUGAAGAGUCUUAUUACGAACAAGUACUCCCGGGAUCACGGAAGUCGGGAACAAUGGACGGGACUCUUACGAAGCGCGCUCGCCAAGAUUAUCGAUCUGGCUAAAUCAGGCAAUGACGAAACCAAAAUGGAUGAGGUUGCCAUGAUGUUGGGUAUCGCGGUAUUUGUGCUUCACGCGUCUCCAGACGUGGUGAGCGCGCCAAAUCUACAAUUUCCGUGCAUCAAUCACUUUCGGCAUGCAUUCCAAUCGGAAAAUCUACCGGUAAGGCUGAAGUGCGUGCAAACGUUGAGAACGAUAUUUCUGCAUCCGGAACGUAACAUAAGCACCCCGUACAUACACGCCCUCGCGCCACGACUAGUAGAAUAUCUGUAUAGUGACAAAAGCAAACAGGUGGCGAACGAUAUGGAGCUGACCUUCACAUUGGACUGCAUCAGCACGGUGGAGAUUCUAAUAGGACUCGCCGAUCUUGCCAAUCGAGAUCUGUUACAAGGUAUUCAAAUGUUGACUCUACUUGUGCCAAUUUUAAUCAACUACUUAUUGGAAGGUGAUGAGAUUCAGUGCGCUACUAAGUAUCAAGCGAGUCUACAUCAGCAGAGUUUUCAAUGGCUCAACAAGAUUGGGCCAAAAUAUCCGCAGGAAUUCAAGACGUUGAUGUCGCAGUCAACCGAGCUGAAGACCAAAUUAGAAAAUGCCGUAAGGUCCAGUCAUCAGCAGGCACAACGACACAUGCGACCGGUUGAUCCAGUAAAACCGCAAAUUAAAAUAUCCGCGCCCUCGAUCAAGUUGAAAACCGACUUCUCUAACUUCAACUAAAGGGAGGAAAAGAGAGAGAAAGAAAUAAAUAAAAUCUAACACUUCUUCCACCCGCGUCAACUUGAAAGAGAUAAUUUAUCAGAAUCACACGUGACUAAACGUGAGUAACGAUAGUAUUAGCUGUUCUCUGUUAUAAUACGCAUACAUUAUCGUGAUUAAUCCUUGCUCACUUAUUAUCGAUCAGACAAGUGGAAUUUAAUAGCUAAUUAUUAUAUUAAAUGUAUCAGUAUCGUGAUAAUUACCAAGUGAUAUUUCGCUGUUAGAAAAUCCUAUUUGACUCGCUGUGUACUUAGAAAAGUAAACGAAAUAGGAAUCAAAUGACACGUACAGCUGAAGAAGAUAGAUUCCUGUCCAAAUAAUUAUACGAGAAGAAGAGCUGACGAUCAAUUAAUCACCUGUCGUAAACCAAUGUUCAUCUUAAUUGUCUUGAUCCUAUUUAAUUCCUUUGGUAUCGAGUCCAACAACGUUCCUGAUUCCGCAAUCACGCUUUCUAUAUAAAGUGCAUGGUAACUUUAUAUUAGAUUUUCCAGAAAAAGAAAGAAACAGUUGUAUAUAUAUAUAGAAUGUAGUAUACAUUUAUAUAUUAUAUUUAAUAGAAAGAGAGAGAGAGAGAGAGAGAGAGAAGAUAUUAAUUUAUUUAAAAUAAUGUGUAGAACUUGGCUCAGAGAUAAGAAACUUAAGAUAAUUAAAUAAUUGGUACAAAAUAUAUGAUUAUAUAUAAAAAUUUGUAAUACGCACUAAUAAUCCCAGCGGAUCAGUUGUCGAUUAUUUAAUUGUCUUAAUUUAUUUAAUAAUGCAAUUACAAUAACAGGUGUUAAUAUAUUUCGUCCCACACAAUACACACAAUAGUCCGAUGGUUUUUAUCAAACAAUUAUUUAAAAAAUCGUUUUAUUUCUUGGAAUAUAUGACGUCUGAUUAAGUACGAAAUGACUAUGUGAAAAUAGACAACAACGUGAGACCGUGCACAAAAUAAGAGUUAGAUAAUAUUGUAAUAAACAUAAAUAAUAUCUCUCUGUGCUCACACACGUAAUAAACCAUAUUAAUUGUUGAAUUAUUAAAUUUAUAAUUCAAAGGUUUUAUUUUUUAGCAAGUUUUAAUACAACCGACUGUACUUUUUUUGUAUAACGACAGAAUUAUUUAUUAACAAAUUACGAAUAUAAUUUUCUUAGGAAAAUAUACUAAUUGCCAUAAGAAAUGGGACGAGAAAAAGCAAUUGAAAAAUGAGACGAACUCUUUUUGAUAAGAAGACUGAUAACCCGCUACGUUUUAUUUAUUAUUAUAAUUUUGUAUAAUUUAUGUGUAUGUACACAUCGUAAUCUUGCGUUUAUUUCACAUUGAGAAUUGAGACGGUAGGAUUAAACUUAAAUUUUCACAAAUAUAACUUGUGUCUAUCGCGACAUAUCUGACCAUUUAUCUAUGUCUGACCAUUUUGUACUCUGUCAAAUGUAUGAAUAACAUUUUUUCUUACCACGACAAAGUUGUACGUACAAUAAAACGGUAUCACAUAAUGUUGGGCAUUAGUAGAAAAUGGACUAGUAAUCUUCAACCGAUGUUUUUAUGAAUCUUUAAAAAAUUAUAUAUAUGUAUUUGUAAGUAUAGAUACAUAUAUAGCGUAAUAGAAAAGCAUUAAUGACGAUCUGUGUAAAAAUACAUAAAAGUGUAUGACAUUACAAGACGCGUGACACUCGAAACCAAAAGAUAUAUAUAUAUAUAUACAUGUAUACAUAAUUCUUUGUACCUAACGAAACCUAACGAAACAUUAGUGUGACAUCGUUUUAGAAUUCAGUAGAUGUGUGUGUGUGAAUAAAUAUAUUAUAACACACAAAUUUCUUUCUCUCUCGGUUUAAAGGGAGAGAAUAACGCGAUGUCGCAACAUAAAAUAUUACUAGACAUGUGUUUUUAAGCGGGUUGUCUGUAGUCGUUACUUGGAAAAUUAUUAUUAAAAAAUGAUUAACAUCCUCGCAAACAAACUUAGUGAAACGAACAAUUUGUUGAAGAAAGAAAGAAGUGUUUUGUGUUUUUUUAUAGAAAAAAAAAAAAAAUUUUGAUUUAUA